AUGGGUGCAUCAUCUGCGAUUACAGAAACCAACGGCACCGCAUCGUCGCCGUCGUCGAAUCACAAGCCUCCGGCUACGAACGGCGGUAAUGCGCCUUCCCCUCAUUCUACUCCUUUAGCUCCUGAGCAGGCGAUUUCAGUGUAUGAUCCGUCGAAGAAGAGGAAAAUGGCGAUGCUUCCGCUCGAAGUGGGUACUCGUGUGAUGUGCCGGUGGAGAGACGGAAAACACCACCCGGUGAAAGUAAUCGAGCGCCGGAGGAUACACAACGGCGGCCACAACGACUACGAGUAUUACGUUCAUUACACUGAGUUUAAUAGGAGGCUAGAUGAAUGGACUCAACUGGACCAACUGGAUCUUGGUUCAGUAGAAUGCGCCGUUGAUGAGAAAGUGGAAGACAAGGUAGCUUUGUUAGUUUCAUUGCAUGAACUUUAA